AUGUUGAGCCGCGAUAAAAGACUUUCCAAGCGAAUGAAAGAAGCCGAUCCAGCUCUGAAAGAGAUUGAAAUAGAUACGUUGUCUUAUGCACGUAAGCUCUUCUAUUUUCGACAUUUGGCGAAUGGUGGUAUCGGACUGGGAUUCGUUUACGUUAAGACGAGUGAAGAUGCACCAGGUUUUCUGGAAGCAGUCAUAAUGGCUCGGGAUUUUGAGAGCACUGAUCCCAGAGAUAAGAUCUUCGCACUGUGGAACCUAGCUCAAGAUAAGACCGGCCUAGACUUCAAGCCUCAUUACACAAAGCCGUAUGAACGCAUCUACGCUGAUUUUGCUCGAGCCUGGAUUGACCAGAACCAUUCGCUGGAUAUCUUGGGGGCAGUGGAAGCGUCAGAAAACAGCUCCUCCUUUUACAGAAAAACGCCGUCUUGGGCGCCGGAUUGGAGUGUCCCCACUCAAACCAGCUGUCUUGUGCGCAAGGACUACAUCCCGAUGAAAUUUAUCUCGAUAGUAAACGACCAACAAGGAAGAUUGUACGCCGCAGACGGCGGUAUCACACACGAUAUAUUCGAAGACCCCAUCCUCCAUUUCCAGGACAAUGUGCUACAUUGUACUGGACUCAUCAUAGAUCAAGUUGGAACCAUCCUACAACAACCUCCACAAAUAUCAACUGAAACAGUACAUCUCCAAUCCGCCGACCCUGACUGGGAAUUCCACUGCUGGACUAUCGAACUUACCGAGCACUUCCGCAACUCCGACUCAAACAUCUACGAAGACCCCCUACGGGCAGCUUGGGCAAUGUGCCAUGGCGAUAACACUGCCGCAUGGCCACCUAACCCUGACUUCAAAUCCCCUCUCGACGAUCCAUACACAUGCCAGACGGAUCUCUCUAAACAUGUUUCCGCAUGGGUACAUGGGUACCGCGAAUCUGAAGCCCGAAACAUAGUCAGACAGGUUCUGCGCGGCCGACAACCAUUUAUAUCAGACGCCGGGUAUAUGGGCUUGAUGCCCGCGUACAUCGCUGAAAAAUGGUCGGAAAUAGGACAGAAGUGCCAUAUUGCUGUUCUAGCCGGAUGCUCUGUUCCGCUCAUUCUGCAGGAAAAAGACGAUGAGACGUAUACGGUUCUUGGGGCGUGCUUUGUGCAGGGGUGGAUGGAAGGUGAGUGGAUGGAGACGAUGAUGGGGGCGGAGUCGCCGACAGAGUUUUGGAGGGGUAUGAGGGGUGUGGCCCCGCUAAGGAUAGUGUGA